CUUAUUCUUCCUCCGCCCUCAAUUCCGCAAAAAGAUCCUCCAAAAAAAACCCUGCCGAUUUCCAAAUCCUCCUUCUCCUCCUUUGGAAAGAAGAUAUAUCUUUCUAUCUUUUCGAGUUUUGUGGCUUCCUCUUCUGCCUUAAACCACGUCUUGGGCCUCGAAGGGAGCCAAGGGGAGGGCGGGGAGCGGCAGGGAUCGAGCGUGAGGAAGGCCACGGAGGCGCGCUGCAUGUCAGAUUGCAGUAGCAGCGAGGAGGGAUACUACGGAGGAUUCGGAGCGCUUGCCAACCCACUACAAUGGCCGCAACUCAGGAAAAAGCGACGCCUUGCUGCCCCGCGAAUGAGUCCCAUGUCGUCGGGGCCAAAGGAGGAGGAGGAGGAGCCGUCUCCCGUCCCGUCCGACGCGAAUGGGCGUCGGAUCGCGAGAAGCGCGGCGCGGUGCAGCCCAUCGAGGCCGUAGCUUCGCUGAUUGCUCCGGUGGAGGAUAUCCAGGAGACCCCCUCUGUGCCGACGUCCUCGAAAGCAGGAAUUCCAGUUAUGAUGCGGGCUCAGACAAGACACCCGCUGGAUCCAUUAUCUGCUGCUGAAAUAUCUGUUGCAGUGGCAACAGUUCGAGCUGCUGGAGCAACUCCAGAGGUUAGAGAUAGUAUGCGGUUCAUCGAAGCUGUACUGUUGGAACCAGAGAAAAAUAUUGUUGCACUGGCUGAUGCUUAUUACUUCCCUCCUUUUCAACCUUCACUACUGCCCCGAACUAAAGGCUCUCCUGUCAUACCCAGUAAGCUUCCUCCUAGGAGGGCACGGCUUGUUGUAUAUAACAAAAAAUCAAAUGAGACAAGCAUUUGGAUUGUUGAACUAUCAGAAGUGCAUGCAGCAACUCGAGGUGGCCAUCACAGAGGAAAAGUCAUCUCAUCUGAAGUUGUUCCUGACGUCCAACCACCUAUGGAUGCUAUGGAAUAUGCAGAAUGUGAAGCUGCUGUAAAAAGUAAUCCUUCAUUCAUAGAGGCAAUGAGAAAGAGAGGGGUCGAGGAUAUGGAUCUUGUAAUGGUUGAUGCUUGGUGUGUUGGUUACUACAGCAAUGCUGAUGGUCCUAGUCGAAGACUUGCAAAACCAUUAAUAUUUUGCAGAACUGAGAGCGACUGUCCAAUGGAGAAUGGUUAUGCACGUCCAGUUGAUGGCAUUUAUGUUCUUGUGGAUAUUCAAAAUAAUGUGGUUAUUGAAUUUGAAGAUAGAAAAUUAGUCCCUCUACCUCCAGCAGAUCCUUUGAGGAACUAUACUGCUGGAGAAACAAGAGGAGGUGUUGACCGAAGUGAUGUGAAGCCUAUACAUAUUCUUCAGCCUGAAGGUCCAAGUUUUCGCAUUAGUGGUUAUUUUGUGCAGUGGCAGAAGUGGAAUUUCCGGAUUGGCUUCACCCCGAGGGAGGGAUUGGUGAUACAUUCUGUGGCAUACAUUGAUGGUAGUCGUGGAAGGAGACCUAUAGCACACAGAUUAAGUUUUGUUGAGAUGGUAGUGCCUUAUGGAGAUCCUAAUGAACCUCAUUACCAAAAGAAUGCAUUUGAUGCCGGUGAAGAUGGACUCGGAAAAAAUGCACAUUCUCUCAAAAAGGGAUGUGACUGCUUGGGCUACAUCAAAUACUUUGAUGCCCAUUUUACAAACUAUACAGGUGGUGUAGAAACUAUUGAGAAUUGUGUAUGUUUGCAUGAAGAAGAUCAUGGAAUCUUAUGGAAGCAUCAAGAUUGGAGGACAGGCUUAGCAGAGGUUAGGCGAUCGCGAAGAUUAAGUGUGUCAUUCAUAUGCACAGUGGCCAACUAUGAAUAUGGAUUUUUCUGGCACUUCUAUCAGGAUGGUAAAAUUGAGGCUGAAGUAAAAUUGACUGGAAUCUUAAGUUUGGGAGCAUUACAACCAGGUGAAUCAAGAAAAUAUGGUACAACAAUUGCUCCAGGACUAUAUGCACCAGUUCAUCAGCAUUUCUUUGUUGCUCGUAUGGAUAUGGCUGUUGACUGUAAAUCAAAUGAAGCCUUCAAUCAGGUUGUUGAGGUAAAUGUCAAAGUUGAAAAGCCUGGACCCAACAAUAUUCAUAAUAAUGCCUUCUAUGCUGAAGAACAACUUCUCAAAUCUGAGUUGCAGGCUAUGCGUGAUAUCAAUCCUUCUUCUGCACGACACUGGAUUGUACGGAACACUAGGACUGUGAAUCGAACUGGUCAACCUACUGGCUAUAAGCUUAUGCCUGGCUCCAAUUGCCUUCCAUUAGCUGGUCCAGAGGCAAAAUUUUUGAGAAGAGCUGCAUUUCUAAAGCAUAACCUUUGGGUUACCCCUUAUAAUCGUGAUGAGAUGUAUCCAGGAGGAGAAUUUCCGAAUCAAAAUCCACGUAUAAAUGAAGGACUUGCUACUUGGGUUAAGAAGAAUAGGUCACUUGAGGAAACUGACAUUGUCCUUUGGUAUGUCUUUGGAGUCACCCACAUCCCAAGGUUGGAAGACUGGCCUGUCAUGCCUGUUGAACGCAUUGGUUUUAUGCUCAUGCCCCAUGGUUUCUUCAAUUGCUCCCCUGCUGUCGAUGUGCCUCCCAGCGUCAGUGAGGCGGAGAAAGAGAGCGGAACAUCAAAGUUGAUGCACAACACACUUCUUGCCAAGCUCUGAGAGAACAUGUCGAGUAAAUUUCUCUAUAUAACUUCAGUAUCUCUGUGCUUUGUUCAAACUUAAAGUCUGGCAAAGUUAAGAAAAUUAUCUGUGAUUGAUCGUGGAUUGCUUUAAA